CGCAAAAAAGCUGCUCUGCGACCGGCAAGUUGUACGUCGCAAUGUACAUGGAAGUAGAUUGAACGAUUAACAACAACAAGGUUUUUCAGAAAUAGAUUCGUCCUCGUAGUUGUUUCCAUCGUCCUUUUGUGUUGGUCGUGCAAGUCCAAUCGAAUCCAUGCAAAAUCGUGUUUUCUCUUGACGAAUGUCGUUUUGUUGCAGCUCUUGUCCUCGUCCUUGUUCUUCUAGUUCUCGUUCUUCACUUGUCCGAAAGACAAAGACGUCAAUGUUGAUGACCUGCUUGAUGUUGGUUCGAACAAGGCAAAAUUCUUUACUAUGUCAGUCUAACUUUAUUUAUUCUACCCUACUCAUGACAGAAGCGAUAAGAUAUUAACGUGCCACCUACUUACAUCUUAGGUCCUGCAUGCUCACGAAGAAACUUGUUUCAGUCUAUUUCCACCAGCACGUGGCACUAUUCAACCGAGUUUAUUUCCCCCUUCUACACAUCAAGUCGAAGUCGUAAUCCGCAUCUUCACGAUGGCGCAACUUCUACUAUCCAAGCGAGCGGUCUAUUCCCUGAUUCUUGGUUUGCACCUCCUGCGCUUCCUCAUUGCAGUACUAGACUCGAACGAGACAAACGCAGCUUGGGUGGACCACCCCACUUACGUAACUGCCAAGAGGACGACUAUCGCCAGGAAGACAGAGAGUGGUACUUCAUCAUCCUCUCGCCGGGAGGCGACCGCGCGGAGUAGUACUACAACAGCAGAUUUUCGACCGGCUAGUACUUCCACACGACCUCAUGGUCGACGAGAGAAAGGCGCGUCGCAAAGGGCUUCUUUUAUUUCUCCGCUGGACGAGAGGCAGAGGCGCUUCCGGAAAAACAAACAUGGUGGUCGCAGGAGUAGAAAUACCUUGCUCCAGAUGAAGAAGAAAAUAAAGGCGUCAGCGAAGACGUCGAGAGCGUCCCCUUCAGCAGGCACAAAAAAUCGGAUCGAUGCACGGAGAGGUGGAGAUGACGAUGCACAACAUGCAGGUGAGCCAGAGAAGCAUGUGCUGCAAGAAAACGACAAAACGUCCAAUUCCGAUAAGAAACCCCUGCUCGACCGCGUCGGAAACUUGCUCCUGGACAAAAGCCACGAUUUGCUGAUCAACAACCAAGGGCGUCGUGGGCCAAAUAACAGCACAAAUACAACGUUUACAAGAACGACCGGAUCUAGCACUUCUCCUGAUGAUGGUACACCAACAACAAAAAAGCCGGCGGACCUCAACCUCAACGAAGUCAAAGAGUUAGUGGUCGAUAAAUCCCGCGACCUAUUAACCAACAACCGGGGGCGCGGUCCAGACGGUUCGGUGGGCCGACGGGGUCCUGAUCGUGGUAACAGGGGGUCGAGCGCCGGAGAUCGCUGGUCGCCGGGGGGCAGAGCGGAGGGAGAAACAAGUGUUGAUACUGAGGACCAUGGUCUUAUGGAUGUGUCAGGUUUGAAAUCGUCAAAGUUGAAAUACUUUGUCAUGCAUAAAACGGAUACCAGUUAGACCUACAGUUUGUAGUCGGUGCAUGACAAAUUUUCCCGGUCAUGGAAGCGAGUCUGUCAUGCGGUUUAGGGCAAAAAAGCUGCCUUCUGUCAUGCUAGUCAGCAGUCCAACUUUUGACCCUUACCAGGACUAUAAUCUGCCUCCCGUGGGUCCUCUGCAAUAGAGUCACUUUUUGUAUCGCAUUUUAUGCAUUGCAAAUUAUUUCAACUUUGACGAUUUCAAACCUGACGCUUCCAUAGGUCUUGAUAUUCCGAGUCCUGUUCCACCAAGUUCUGUAUCAGACGAGGAUUUGCGUCAAGACCAGUCGGACGCUGUGCCGUCGCAGGGGUCCGAUAAUAGCACGCCUGCGCCGCAUCAACAUUUGUCAUCCUCGGAAGAAAGCCUUGGGGACAAGCUAAAAAACCGAGCGGGAGAAGAAAAUGACGACUCGGGAAAUCUUUGCUGUUGAUAGCGUCAGUCUUGUGUUGGUUUGCACGUGAACUUGUUCAACGUGACUUGUUUUCAAAAAGUGCUCGUUCACUAAUAUGUCUACCCGUAUUCAGUUACCCCCGCAGCACUUUUUCUACUGCCCUCGCAACUUCCCCCUUCGUGAACCCCAUGAUUAUCGUGAGUCGGUAUUUUUGUAAGUACAUGUACACUUUUUCUAAGACUAAGUAAACGUUGGCUACUGCCGGUCACACCACCGGUCGUAAAAUGAAAAAUCUGG